AUGUUUCAACAAACAGUCUUUAUUUCAGGUUCCAACCGUGGAAUCGGAUUUUCCUUAGUCAAGUUAUUCAGCCAAGACCCUAAAACAAAAGUUCUUGCCACGGCUAGAGAUCCUGCCUCAGCCACCGAGUUGCUAGAGUUGGCAAAUAAGAACAAAAAUGUUCACGUGAUUAAAUUGGAUGUAAACAGCGAAGAUAGUAUUAUUAAGGCAGCAGCGGCAGCUGCUAAGGUCGCUAAUCUGAUUGAUAUUUUUAUCUCAAACAGUGGAGUUGGCGAUAUCGCUGGCUCUUCCUUUGCAACAGAAAGAAACAGCUGGAUCAAACACUACAAUACAAACGUUCUUGGUCCAAUUCUGUUGUUUCAAGAGUUUUAUCCGUUGAUCAAAAAGAGCGAUACUAAAAAGGUGUUCUUUGUUUCUAGUGUAGUUGCAUCCAUUACCAUGGAUCUUCCAAUUCCUCGCUCUGCUUACGGACAAUCAAAAGCAGCACUCAACUACACAGUGAAAGAAAUAGCUAACGAGUUGAAGCCUGAAGGAUUUACUAUAGUACUUGUGCACCCAGGUGUAGUGGGUACCGAUAUGGGUAAAGACUUCGCGGAAAAAUUGAUUGCUCUUGACCCUAAGAUGGCUGAUUUCUUUAGUCCAUCCACCGUAAUUACUCCAGAUCAGAGCGCCGAGGCAUUGGAGAAGAUUUUUGUUUCCUCAACGUCUGAAAGUAAUGGUAAAUUUUUGAGUUACGACGGCCUGGAACUUUCAUGGUAA